GUGCUAUCAAAUGCUACUCCAAAUAAGACCAUGUCCCACUUCAUGGGCAUCUACUUGGUGGGUUUCCUUAGCGGUUUCUCAGCAGCUAUUCUCUAUUUCCUAUGCGUUUGGCUCUCCAAAACUCCUCCUUCUGCUGAACACUUUGCAUUUGUUUGCAUAUCUGGAGCCUUACAUUGGAUUCCUUUAACGGUUAUUGCAUACGUUACCAUGUUUGCUAGCAUCACAUUGAAUCCAGCAAGCUUUGCCAUCUCAGUUGCCGUUGCUUACUUAGCUCAUGGCAUAAUACUCAGUUUCCUUACAUGCGCUUUAACCCAUCUUCUUACUGAGAGACAACAGUCAAAGCAAUCUCAUGUCAAGGUAUUCCUUGGACACCGAAUUACCAUUGCUUGCCACCUCAGAUUUGCCAAACUUCUUUCUGGAACAGAAGCUUUUUGUAUGUACUUAAGGCUUUUGGGUGCCAAGGUUGGGCAACAUUGUUCAAUCAGAGCUAUCAAUCCAAUUUCAGAUCCAGAGCUGGUCAAAAUCGGGGAUGGUGUUCAUCUUGGUGACUUUAGCAGAAUCAUUACAGGAUUCUAUACAUGCAAUGGUUUUAUUCGCAAGAAAGUUGAGGUGCAAGAUAAUUCAGUUGUCGGGAGUCAAAGCCUAAUCCUCCCUGGCUCUUUAGUUGAAAAGGAUGUAAUUCUUGGUGCACUUUCAGUGGCUCCAGAAAACUCAGUUCUACAAAGAGGUGGUGUUUAUGUUGGAUCUCAAACUCCGACCAUGGUCAAGAACACCAAGCAUGCUUUGGAUGACCGGAUAGAAGAAAUGGACAUGAAAUAUAAGAAAAUAGUAGGAAAUCUGGCGGCAAGUUUAGCUUCUACUACUUUGAAGGUUAAAUCAAGAUAUUUUCAUCGAAUUGGUGUUGGAGGGAAUGGCUAUUUGAAAGUAUAUGAUAAGAUAGAAGGCUUUCCAGAUCACAAGAUUUUGCACCCUGGAAAAUGCUACGGUGUCGUAGUUAGACAUAGCAAUAGCUUGAGUGCUGAUGAUGAUGCAAGAAUAGAUGCUCGCGGUGCUGCAGUGAGAAUACUUGCAGAGAAUAACACCCCACUCCUUGACUUAACACUUAAAACUGGCAAGGCGUUUUAUGCUCGCACAAUAUCGGAUUUUGCAACAUGGCUUGUGUGUGGGCUUGCUGCAAGAGAAGAGCAUGUAAAGCGAGUCCCACAUGUCCGUAAUGCAGUGUGGAUGUCCCUUUGCCAAGCUAACUCAUAUACAGAGUUGCAUUAUUACUCAAAUUUUGUUAGGCUUCUUCGAUUCGCAGAUGGAGAGGAAUCGUAUGUGAAAUUCAAGUUGAGACCUUAUGAUGAAAGUAUCAGUGAGGAUGCUGGGAAGGUGGAACCUACUGGGAUUCUCCCACCAGAAACAGGUGCCAUUCCAAGGGAUGAUAAAGAUACCCGCCCCCUACUUUUCCUGGCUGAAGAUUUCCAGCACCGCAUAAGUUCUGGUGGUGUUCGCUACAUCUUCCAAUUACAAGUCCGGCCAGUUCCACAAGAUGAAGCCACACGUGACAUUGCACUUGACUGCACUAAACCAUGGGAUGAGACUGAGUUCCCUUAUAUCAAUGUUGGUGAGAUUUAUAUUGAACAAAAUCUCACCAAGGAAGAAGCAGAAGCACUAGAGUUUAAUCCUUUUCUCAGAUGCCAUGAGGUUGAUGUCAUCCGGGCUUCAACAUCCUCUCAGAGUGCUUCUAUUGAUCAUGGUCGCUCUCUUAUCUAUGAGAUUUGCCAACGCUUGCGAAAUAAGGAACCACUUCCGGAGGCCUGGAAGAUCUUUCUUGAGCAAUCUGAUGUAAAAGUAGACCUUUCAGGCUGUCCAAUGGCAGCAGCAUUGGAGAAAAAAGAAACAGGGAAAGUGACCUUGGAAAGAACGUGGUAUCAAACCUCGUGGGCAAUUUUUGCUCAACCAUUACUACAAACUGUGCUCCCUUAUUUCCUCUUGGGAUUAGCAGUUUUUGCACCUUUAAGUUCUGUUCUUUACAUGAAGGAGUCAAAGAAAUUCCCCCUACAUUGGUUGCUUCCGUUGCUUUGGGUUUCUUCCGGACUUAUAGCUGCAUUAACUUGUGUUGUGGCCAAAUGGAUUCUUGUGGGAAAGAAGAAUGAAGGUGAAACAGUACAGAUUUGGAGCAAAGGGGUCUUCAUGGACACCAUCUGGCAAGCUUUUAGAACACUAGUGGGGGAAUAUUUCAUGGAAAUGACUAGUGGAUCUAUUUUGUUCGUGCUAUGGAUGAAGUUAAUGGGUUCAGAUAUAGAACUGGACCAAGGGGUGUAUGUGGAUAGCAUGGGAGCUUCACUGAAUCCUGAAAUGGUGGAGAUUGAGAGAGGAGGAUGUGUAGGAAGGGAAGCUCACUUGUUUGGACACAUAUAUGAAGGAGAAGGCGGGAAAGUUAAGUUUGGGAAAAUCAGAAUUGGAGAAGGCGGGUUUAUAGGAAGUCGAGCAGUGGUCAUGCCUGGGGUAAGGGUGGAGAGUGGAGGGAGUCUAUGUUCUCUUUCCCUUGCCAUGAAAGAAGAGAUCAUUAAGUCAAGGUAAAGGGUUCUUAAUGCUUCGCUACUUGUCACUUGUUUUGUGAAAGAAGUAAUAUACCUUCUCAGCUUAUAAUAUUAUGCAAACUUGCUGGUCUUAUCAAUAAAUCACCAGCUUUUAUAGAAAUUUAGGAAGAUAAUUUAUAGGUGAAAUAAUCUUUCUGUCUCGAGCUCUUGAUCUCUUCUGUACAAAUCAGAGAGCGAAACAGUUCUGCUUUUAAAAGCCUAAUGCGAUUACUUCGUACAAUACAUUUGCAGAUAUAUAAGAACGAAUAUUCUCCAUGUACCA